UCUAUCGCUUGUAAUAUACCAUCUCGAAUCAAACAGGUUGUAAACAAAAACUGAAAAAUUGCAGUUAACAAUACAAAAAAAGAAGAAUACCCGUCACCCCCAUCCGCAUGCUUGUGUUAAAAUGCGUUUCCACAUGAAGAGCGGCAGCGAUGACGACAUUGUGGCAGCCACAGCUACUGCCGAGCAUAUACGGAAAUUCGUUUUCACCAGCAGCCACGCCGCCGAGCGUCUGGAGAUCAAAAUCCCCGAGCUGCUCCAAGGCGCUUACUCCUUCUACACAUGGCCCUGUGCGCCGGUCUUGGCACAUUUCCUGUGGGAACGGCGACAGACACUGGCCGGAAAGAGGAUUCUGGAGCUGGGCAGCGGCACUGCUCUGCCGGGCAUACUGGCCGCCAAGUGCAACGCCCAGGUGGUGCUCACCGACAACUGCAUUCUGCCCAAAUCUCUGGCGCAUAUCCGCAAAUCCUGUCUGGCCAAUCAACUGCAGCCCGGCGUGGACAUCGAUGUGGUGGGCCUCAGCUGGGGCCUGCUGUUGAAUUCUGUAUUCCGUUUGCCACCGCUGGACCUCAUCAUAGCAGCCGAUUGCUUCUACGAUCCCAGCGUCUUUGAGGACAUUAUCGUGUCGGUUGCGUUUCUGCUGGAGCGGAACUGCGGGGCCAAGUUCAUAUUCACCUACCAGGAGCGAAGCGCCGACUGGUCCAUAGAGGCCCUGCUAAAAAAGUGGAAGCUGCAGGCGCUACCCAUCAACAUGGACGACAUUGGUAAGGAGUCAGGCGUGGAUGUGCUGGAGUUUAUGGGCGGACACACCAUUCAUCUGCUCGAGAUUACGCAGGCUGAGAACAGUGCUACAAUAAAUACAAUAUAAUGAUUAA